AACAUGUCGGUUCACAUCUCGUGAGUUGGUACUUAUAAGUAAUUUCCGCCGGUCGACAAUGUGGAAGUAAGAAAGUUAUCAAGUGUACAGGCAAUGGCUAUGCAAACUGCUGUUGUCUAUGGCCGUUUGAUUGCUUCACAUGCCAGGCAAUUUGUGGCACCGCUUCUGAAACGACAGAGCUCUUCGAAGCUUCAACUCAUCACCGCGAGUUGUGGGUUUUCAAAAGAUCUUGCCCCGGGAAAAAGCAAAUUCUUAUACGGAGAAGAUGCCUUCUUUAUCGCCAAUAAUAGUGCCUCUGACGUGCUAGGGGUUGCUGAUGGAGUGGGUGGAUGGCGUCAGUAUGGAAUUGACUCUUCUCUCUUUUCAAGUGCUCUAAUGGAAAGCUGUAAAAGAUUUGUGAUAGAAGGAGGGCUUGAGACACCAUCCCCAAUUAAUGUUAUCAAAGCAGGAUUUCAAGAGUUAACAGAGCAUAAAGAGCCACUAUUUGGUAGCAGUACUGCUUGUAUAAUGGUUCUGGACAAGAAAAGCCAGAUGCUUCAUUCAGCAAAUCUUGGAGAUUCUGGAUUUUUGGUGAUCCGCCAAGGUUCAGUUGUGCACCAGUCAUCUGAGCAACAACAUUACUUCAACACUCCUUAUCAGCUGGCAAUCCCACCCCCCGGACAAGCUGGAGCUGUCAUAGAAGACAGCUUGGAUGCAGCAGAGAGUACUUCCUUCAGUGUUGAACAUGGAGAUUUAAUUGUGUUGGCUACAGAUGGCUUGUUUGAUAAUGUAUCAACAGAACAAAUACUUGAGCAAUUGUCACAACUUGAGGACCACAGCACAGAAAGUAUACAACACAUUACAGACUCACUGGCGAAUUUAGCGAGAACCUGUUCAUUUGAUCCAAAUUAUUUAUCUCCAUUUGCCCAGCAAGCUAGAGGUGAAGGUAUAAACAUCACAGGGGGAAAACCAGAUGACAUCACAGUCCUUAUUGCUGUAGUGUCAGAGAUUGGAGAGGACACAGAUACCUGAUAAUAAUUCACCUCUCUUUAAAGAAGGAGUGAUUGUACUUUUGCUACAUCCACCUCUUGUAAAGCAGUGGUGCAUUCUCUGGCUCACUCUUUGGUGAGCAUUCAGUUAUUUCACAUACAAAUACACCCUGUACACCUAUACAUCAGUUAUUUCUUUAGUACCGCUAAUUUUCAUUAUUGUAUUUUCACAAUCACGUUAGGGUAAAUAUUGAAUAGCAAUUCUAUGAGGAGAUGUAUAUAAAUAAUUGGUUUUUUUUGUUACUCAUGUAGUGCAUAGUGUAACUUGUAAAUCUAGUCUAUUUGUGAUCUCAUUCCACAUCUCAUCUGCAUAUCUCUAACCACCUCUUAGUUCACAGUCUUAUCAUGCCAGCUUUAUAAAACAAGAACAGUUGCUUUUUCUGAUCUUUUUCAUUGUUCUAUUUUGGUGGUGAAGGAGAGUUAAUUUAGGUCCAAUAAUUUUACUUAUGAAAUGUUCAAGGCUUAAAAAUAUUCUAAGUAAUCAAGCCACAUGUAAGCAAUCAUUAAGCAUCAUGUACUCAGGGGUUUUGAUAGGUUUUGAAGAAGACAGCUAAAACUGCAAGGCAAGUGGCUAAAGGAAGGUUGAUCUUUACUCUGAUAUUGUUAGUUUCAGAGAAAAUAGAUGGCAAUUUGCUUCUCAUAGAAUUUAAAUUUUCAGGGUUGCCAACUUGUAUUGAAAACCCUGUGUACCAUAUCUUUGACCAAUCUUGAUAGUAGAGUUUGUUCCAGUAGAUUUUCCCUUUAAGACUUUUCUGCAUAUUAUAAGAAAAUCAGGUUUACACAUGUGUUUCAGGUACAAAGAAAAUUCCAAGUUUUGCAAAUUUUUCACAGUAAAACUUACUGUUUGAGGACAAAAUGUCAAGUGAAUCACAGGUUUUGCUGAAAAUUGACUUCAAAAAAAUAAUUGUGCAUUUAGUGGUUAUAAUUAUUAUUUGACAAGUUGUGGAGUUUUUGGCAGCUAAGAAAAAGCAUAAAUGGAAACAUUUUUUGUACAUAGUAAUGGUACAUAGCAAGUACAAAUUGGUAAAUUUUGUAAGUAUGAAGAUGAUUUAACCAAAUGCUGUAAGGUUUGGUGCCCAAAUCAAAGUGCAACAACUCCCUUAGUGAUGAUGAACAGCUAUGGACAAACUUCUUUUACUAUCUUUCCUACCUUUCCUACCUUACCUUUUUCAUACACUCUCUAGCAGAACAUCAUCAAGAUUUAUAGGAAGUGUCAACUUUGUUAUAUUCAUCAAAUAACAUUCAAAUUCUCAUGACUAGUCGAAAAAGAAAUAUAUUUUUUUAAUUUUUAACAACCUUGAUACUGGUUUUUGAAAGGGUAAAACUAUUUGGUUUCCUCAAACAAAGAUGAGAAAACACCUGUUCUUUUCCUAGCAUUUUCUUUCUGUGGUAAAAUCAUAUCUCUCUCACGUUUGGGCAUAAAGCAGCCCUUCUAUGCUAUAGUUGAUUUGGUUCAUUAGCUGCCAGUUAUGACCAUUUCAAGAUGACUUAUUUUUCCCUGUAACAGAAGUUUGACCAUACUUAAAAUAACAGAAAGUAAUAUAUUGAUCAUGUGUAAUUGCUUUACUUAUAAUGUGUGACAGAAACUUCUAUAAAAUUGCUUGGGGUAUAAACUAAGAUAGGAGGAAUGCACUAUGAACACUGUAUAAUUGUAUAACAGACUUUAAGAAGAAUUAUUAAUAUGAUCUUCAGAGAGAAAGGGUUAAUUGAUUGAGUGAAAGUACCAUUAUACUAGCACACUAAUGGAACAAAGCAUACCAACGAUGAAUAGAAAAUUGGUGAGUCUGCUUUAAGUCUGGUGGUCAUGCAGUGAUUGUACCUGUGAAUUAAAUUAUUCAGCUGCAGACAUUUCUGCCUUUCUUUUUUUCUUUGAGUAUAGUCUAUAAAUUGUAAAGUUUAAUUGUAAACAAUUCAGGGUGUAAAGUAUUAGCUAUUGGUAUGUAUUUACUUUCAAUGCAUAAUUUUGUCGUGCAUAUCUUGUAAUAAAGAAAGUUAAUA